AACAAACCUCACCUGCAGCAACGUCUUCGUCUCGCAUUCCUGUCGCCAUGUCAGAUGACUGGCUGCAUGCGCUCGAUGACCCCCAGGCUCUAUCGCGUACGAAUGAGCGCAUGAGCGAGCAGUACCAGGAGCCCUUCAUCCACGAUCUCGAGAGAGCGGUCACCACCACCCAGCAAGAUGACCCAAACUAUUAUUCGCGUCUCCCGCGCUCGCUCAUAACGACCUCGAGCGUUCAAACUUUCAUGACAGGCACCGGGUCGUCAAUUUAUGACAGCCUCUCACCGCUCUUAGAGCAGACAGAGCACGAGCUCAUCCUCGUGACGUGCUUCUGGGCUUCAUCUACCAGCCGUGAUGCGCUCAAUGCCAUCCUACGCAAGCUGUCUGACAAGGCUGUGCGGCGAGGCACAGAGAAGAUACGUGUGCGAUUGUGUUUCUCAUCGUCUUCACUCUUUCAGAAGCUCUUCCACAAGCAGACAGCCACCGGCCAAACGUACGAAGCUUCAAAAUGGGUGAAGACGUUCGGCCUUCCUGACCCCUCUGAAUUAGGAGGCUUGAAUCUCAAGAUCAAGAGCGUUUUCGUUCUCCCAUUCAGCGUCAUGCACCCCAAGUUCAUCGUCGUGGACAGGCAGGUUGUAGUCCUUCCAAGCUGCAACGUCAGCUGGGAAGAGUGGUUCGAAGGUGCCAUCGUGAUGAAAGGGCCUGUAUCGUCCCAGUUUCUCAGGUUCUAUUGGAGUUUCUGGGAGCGCCGCGUGGAUGCACCCCCCAGCUUACCGGAGUGCGAGCAGGUCAAAGUAAUCCAUGAAACGAUUCACGGUCAGUCAGGCGUGGUGUCCAGCGCUGUCCAGACUGCAACAGAUUUCCCGAAAGAGACCCCAACCUUCUUCCUUCCCAGUCCUCACCGGCGAAAUCCCGACUUUCGACCUGUUGGUACCGCCACAGCACCAAUCACGCCUCUGAACGCCUUCAUACUCACCCUGUUUGCAAAGGCAGAACGCAGUAUACGUAUCCAGUCACCCAACCUCACUGCACCACCGGUCUUGUCUGCGCUGCUCAAAGCACUGGCUCGCGGUAUCGACGUAACGAUUCUGACCUCGGCGCGACUCAUGAUACUCGAGCAGCUCGUCACCGCCGGGACGACCACAGCGCGCUGCGUUAAGACUCUCGUCAAACGGUACAAAGCGCUGGACACACAAGCAAGUCCAAGAGCGCACGACGAGGAAGCAGCAAUAGCUCCUACCAAGAUUGGGAAGCUCCACAUUUCCUACUUUGAGCCGCGACAUGGGUACAAGAAGAGGGGUGACGAGCAAGGGGAACCUCAGCAAAGUCACCUGAAGAUGACAAUUAUUGAUGGAGAGGUUAUAGUGCUGGGCAGUGGAAAUCUGGAUCGCGCGAGUUGGUUUACAAGUCAAGAGCUGGGCGUUGCCUUCUUUGGGACUGACGUUGUGCAAAAGGUGGAAGGCACGGUAGACAAGGCUAUGGUAGGGAGGGGUAAGGUCGUAUUUGACAGCGAAGCGAGGUGACAAAUAUCGCCAGCACUUUAACUCCUUUGAGCGUGCAUCGUAAAGAUGAUUUUGAGGGAUUCACAUGCAGCCGGGACACCUGAGGCUUUCAUGUUGUACGAACAGACUUCCUAUUUGGCAUUGGCUAAAUUUGUAGCGUAUACCUGAAAGACGAACCCUAAUAGCAUUAGACUUUCUUUGUUCCCCUACGCGCUCCCAA